UCGCGCCACUAAGAUGCCCAUUGGUGAUGCCAGUAGGUUAAACAGAGGAUCGUAUUUUUGUUCCUGUGUCAACGAAAAGAAGAAAAGAAGAGUCGCCAGUGAGACCCGGAUAAGUUUUCAUUAGAGAUAGUUUUCCAAAAAGAACGGAAAAAUCUUCUCAUAUCUGACACCAUCCAAACACCCUCCUCCUUAGCAGAACUCCAUUUGAAGAUGAACUCCAAUGUGGAGAAUUUGCCUCCUCAUGUUCUACGCCUGGUCUACAAAGAGGUUUCAGCUUUAGCGGCAGACCCCCCUGAAGGAAUCAAGAUUUAUCCCAGUGAUGAAGACAUAACUGAACUGCACACAGCCAUUGAAGGACCCGAGGGAACUCCGUUUGCUGGCGGCGUUUUCCGAAUGCGUCUGGUCCUUGGGAAGGACUUCCCUGCAGUUCCACCUAAGGGGUAUUUCCUGACCAAGAUUUUUCACCCCAAUGUGGGCCACAAGGGAGAGAUCUGUGUCAACGUGUUGAAGAGGGACUGGAAGGCAGAACUCGGACUCCGACAUGUCUUACUUACAAUCAAGUGUCUUCUCAUACAUCCAAAUCCUGAGUCGGCUCUGAACGAAGAGGCCGGGCGUUUGCUGUUAGAGGACUAUGCAGAAUAUGAGUCCCGAGCUCGUCUGCUCACAGAGAUCCAUGCCAUGGGCGGGCCCGGCGGGACCUCUGGAGCACCUCAGGACCCUAAUGACGGCCCACAGCCGAAAAAGCAUGCAGGCGACCCCACAAAGAGAGCAGGACCCAGCGCAGCAGCUGUGCCUGCGGCUCUGGGUAACGGAGCUAACGGAGCCAGCACCACCAGCAGUAAUAGUAACAGUAGUAGUAACACUAAUAAUGUAGCAGGGAAAAAGAAAGCAGAUAAAAAGCGUGCAUUGAGGCGACUUUAAUACCUCAUUGAAAUUCUCAGUGUGUGUGUGUAAGUGUGUGAAUGAGAGAUUGUGUAAAUAUAAAUAUUGAAGUGUGCCGAUAAUGUUAUCGUUCCCUUUUUCUGACUAUUUCUACCACCUACCCUGACUGUCCACUUUGUACUCAUAUCUGAAUUUUGUCCUGUUGGCAUUAGAGGUGUGUCAGUUAUUUCCAAGAUACAAUGAAAUAUAUUUGUUAGAUUUUAACAGAAAAACCACAACUCUCUCUCACAGCUGAAUCAUGCCAUUAGCUGCAUUUUUCUCUCGGGUCUAUGUAAAUGAACAGCACAGGAAUCUGAUUUUACUGUUCAAAAGCAUUGCCUCUUAUAUCUGCCUGUUAAUGUGACCUGACUUUUAUCUUCUAAGACUUGGUAUCACCUCUUUUAAAAGUCAUUCUUGGUAAAUACUGCUGUGAUGGUACUGUGUACUGCUCAGCCAGGCUUGCUUGUAAGUCUAAACCAGGAUGGUACUUGAAGGAAAUAAUGAUAGUUGUUUAAUGUAAGAAGGCAGCAGUUUCACUUCUGGGAGAGAUAUAUUGUUACACAUAACAAUUCCCUCCUUUUUAAAAUGUAGUUUUUUCAGAUUGUAAUCCAGGUGAGACAUAGGUAUGAAACAGUGGAUUAUAACAGGUCUGCUACGUUCUUUAUGGAGUCACAACCCCUCUUUAAGUUUGAUUUUUAUUUUUCUAAAAUAGAUUCACUGUCCAGUAUUUUCAAAUGUUGUUUAUAAUCGACAUGUUCAUAUUCAGCUGUCUUGUGGUUUUGUGUGAAGACCUAGAUCAGUGGCUUUAAGGGAACAGGGUAGGUUGCCAGACCACUUUAUAAAAAGCUAUUAUUUGUAGAAAGCAUAACAUGUAUCCCUGAUUCCCUACAAAGCAGUUUAGUGCUCUCACAUACCCAACUCUCGACAAGCCAUGUGGGUAUCUUAAGAGCCAUCAGCAAGAAAACCUCCACGUUUGAUAGAAUUUGUCUCCCCACUUGUCGCACUGGCCGGUUUCUUGGGCAGGUUUUCUCCCUUUUGUAAAUGCAUGCUGGGCUUACAUUUCCCAAGGAAACACACUGAAGCUUUGUGUUAAUUUGGAUGGAAAAUGUGCCUCUGGAACUCCUGUCACUGUGCAGACUGUUGGCUGGAUAUUUUGUGUCCAUUUUAAAUUAUUUAAAUUAAUAAAACUUUGAAAUACCAGAA